AGCCUCGCACCUUGCCGGAAGUAAUCGAUAGUGACGUACAGAAUCAAGAUGGCAGACGCAGACUUCAUGAACCCAGAACCAACAGAAGAAGACCCCGCUGCAGCCUUUUUGGCCAGGGAACAGACCGAAUUAGCGGGCCUUGAAGACGAUAACUUCGGCGUUGAUUCAUCAGCACCCCAACAACAAAAUGACAAUUUUGACCCAUUCACUGGUGGAGCUUCAGAACAACAAGAAGGGGACUUCAUGGGAAAUCAGGAGUUUGAAACUACUAAUCAGCAACAGGAUUCUGAGGAAAAUAUGAUGAGUGGGGGAUCAGGAGGGGGGCUUGUAGACUUUGAUGUUUCCCCUCCCCUCGUCGAUGCUGAGGAACAAAACACCAAUGCGCCACCGGAUAUGUACAGUAUAAUCUCCCAGGCGGAUCGCGAGAGGAAUGAGCCUGAAAAAAUUAGAAUCUGGCGAGAAGAACAGGUCUUAAAGUUGGAGGCCAAAGAUAAGGAAGAGGAUAAUAAACAAGAGGAGAUGAGAGAUUCGGCGAAGAAAGAGCUUGACGACUGGUACAAACACAACCUGGAACAGCUGGAGAAAACAAAGGAGAACAAUCGCCGAGGAAACAUGGCGGCCGAGGAAGCAUUCGUGAAGGACCGUGAUGAGACACAGCCGGGAGGAGAGUGGGAAAAAAUCUGCAGACUCUGCGAGUUCAACCCCAAAAACUCGAAAAACACAAAAGACGUGUCUAGAAUGAGGGGCAUUUUGCUUCAACUUAAACAAACACCACUUGUCCGCUAGUUAACUUAUAGAGGAAAACAACAAGUAACAAAAGACUUCGAUCAAUUAUCUUGGUAAAAUUAUGUAUCAUUUACAUUCUGUGUAAGAGAUUCGGUGAUGUGUACAGAAAGCGGGAUCUUGUUGUAAAUGUUGUUUUCACUAGUGUACAACUAUCCUUAGUCAGUAUUGAAAGAGAUGGGAUCAACACUAAACAGAAUUUACCGCAAGAUUUCUUUUCAUUCCCACAGAUUUUGUAGGGAAAUGUGAAGAAUUUGGAGUUUUGUUUAUGAAGAUUUUAUGUGAGUGAGAUUAUUGAAUGACUAGAUCAUGAUCCGACUUGGGUGUACCUAGUUUUAGGAUAUACACACUUGGUGUGGUGAGAUAGAGUACCAGUAGGUACAUGUCGUAUACGUUUGUAGUACAUAAUUCAUUCAUAAAAAAUCCUAUGAAAGACUUAGGUGUAUUUAUUUUGUCAGUAAUCUUCAGCUGUUAUGUUCAUUUAAGAAGGAAUUGUUUGACCUGCAGUCAAGACUGGUUGUGUUAAGGAGAUAUGCUACAUUACAUAUUGCGAAUGCUGCAUUACAUAUUGCGAUGAUUUUUGUAAGAGUUAUUUCCCUUAUUUUAAAAAAAUCCUGCUAAAUCCAAUUUAUUCACAAUUACUGGGAUUUUACAUAUGUAUAUAUACGAUCUGGAGUAUAGAACUCUUUCAAAACAGAGAUACAUUUGUUGGUCAGGUAGCAUAUAGCCUUAACAUAGUAUUUCAGCCUUGUACUGCAUGUAUCUUGGGUUUACACAAAAAAUCAUAAAAAAAAUAAAAGACAUACAUUCCACUAGAGUGAAAGUUUUGAAAUGAUUUCAUGUUUAAACAUGUUAACUGGUAAAAAGACCCUUUAGGAACUUUCAAGGUCUGUGAUCAGAAAGAAACAUUUGUGUGUGAAGUUAUUGGCUCUUGGGAAGUUUCCUCGAUAUAUAGUCUGUGUUGUCUGAUAUAGCUGAUUGUUUAUAACAAGAAAUCGUUUGAUUUGUAGCAGCUCUUUGUAAGAAAUCUGUGAGGAAAAUCAUCAGUAUUUCAUUGAAUGUUCACAACUAUUGGAAAAGAAGUUUGCAAAAUAUAUUUAUGUUCAUGUACAUGAUGUGGAAAACUCCAUUUGCUGUCAUUAAAAUGUGAAAACAUC